GUCAACUUCAGUUGCCUGUCAUUCUGACAAUCUCGACACUGACAGAUAAAAACCAUGUUAUUUUACUAAAUUCAAAACAGAGCGUGCACAAGUGCAAAAAGUAGAAAAUAUAUACCCACCUUUGGAACGGUUUGGACAUCAUUUUAUAGAAUUAUUUUUUUAAAACUACCCACACAUUCAGUUCCAUUUUCCAAUCUAGUGCUGUUGUCAUUGUAGGUAAACAAUAACUUCGCCUCCCAUAGCAAACCUAAAGAAAACGCCUGAAUAAUGAAAGUAACUGAGUUACAAGGAGAUGAGGACUCUGGUCCAACAUGCAGAACUUAUGUAUUUCAAAACGAGAGCCACACAUUAGGAAAUGCAUUAAAAUGUAUUAUCAAUAGAUAUGAAGAUGUAGACUUCUGCGGCUACACAGUGCCACACCCAGCAGAAAACAAAAUGCACUUUAGAAUUCAAGCAAAAGAAACACCAGCUCUAGAAAUAUUAAAAAGAGGUUUAACAGACUUAGAAAAAGUAUGUGAACACACCAUAGAUUUAUUUGAGAAAGAAGUAAAAGAAUUUAAUAAAAUGUAAA